GUUUUAGAGAAGAGGAGGUGGAAGUUCGUUUCUUAUCCUUUCUUGUUCUUAACCAGUCGUGCUAACGCGUGUUUGAUAUCAUUUUUGCAUAUGGCAUAAUGGAAAAAAAAAAUGGUGCAAUACUGGUAUUUUUGGCCUUUGAAAUCCGCGUAAAUUUUAACAAUGUACGAAAGUGAUUGGAGAAUCUGCGUAGACAAGGAAUUAUAUGGUGGUCAACAAACAAAAUCUGGAGUAAAGUCAUAUGGGAAGUGAGAUCUAGUAAAGCAAGCAAGUUGUAACAUAACAGGAUGAUGACCAAAUUUAAUUUUGUGAUGAUGAAAAUUGAAACCUUGGUUUAGGAGAAGGAAGGAAAGGGAAGAGCAUCAAGCAGAGGGGGAUAGGUGUGAGAUUUGGCCAAGUAGAAGGGGACAGAAUAGACAUCCUCCCGGAAAUACAGGGAUACCGUACAGACUUAAAUACCUUUUAUUCAGUUUGUGAUAUUUUUUUUUUUUUUUUGGUUUUUAACCUCACCAAGUGAGGCACUACCACUACUACAGUCUUUGUUCUUGUAGCCUUGUUUGUACCUCUCUCUCUCUUUCUGCCACACAUCACACCCAACAGUCAGAGCAUUGCAGCAACUCUGCACCACUGCUCCUGCUUCAGCUCUCAGACUAGCAAAAGGGCCCAAAGCACAAAUAAAGUAAAACAAGAGGGGAUACAAAGCUCCCAUUUUUAUGACUCCAACUUAAAUCUCACUCUAUGCUUGAUUUGAUGCUACCCCAAAAUACACACCCUCUCUCCCCCAGCCAUAACAUAAAGUAAAAAAGAAAAGAACCCCCCCAAAAGAAACAAAAGCAAAAAAAAAAAAAAAGUUAUACCAGAGAGAGUGAUAACUCAUUAUAGGGUAGUGAGAGAAAGGGAGAGGACAGAGAAAGAGGGUCUCUUUCUUUUUGGAGUAUUGGGUCACAGCCUCUUUUAGGAAUGCCAAAGUUACUCAACAACACCUCACGCUCUCUGAAAAUGCUGCAGGCAUGAAACCGCUCAUUCCAACCUUCACCUCCUUCUUCCAAACCUCUCCUUCACUUGUUAGAUUUGUUCACAUUGCAAAGGGAACUUUGUUGCUAUGGGGUUGAUCGAUCUGAACACCACGGAGGAUGAUGAAGCUGCUCCAUUAUCUGCUUCUUCUUCUCACUCGGGGAUAAGCACUUCUGCUUCAACCUUGGUUGUUUCUCCUCCUCCUUCUGUGUGCUUGGAACUGUGGCACGCGUGUGCGGGCCCUUUGAUCUCUCUGCCUAAGAGAGGAAGUGUUGUUGUUUACUUGCCACAGGGACACUUUGAGCAUGUUCAGGAUUUUCCGGUCAAUGCUUUUGAUAUCCCACCCCAUGUGUUCUGUCGUGUUCUUGAUGUCAAGCUCCAUGCAGAGGAAGGGAGUGAUGAAGUGUACUGCCAAGUGUUGUUGGUUCCUGAAAGUGAGCAAGUGGAGCAUAGCUUGCGGGAAGGGGAAAUUGUUGCUGAUGGGGAAGAGGAGGAUACUGGAGCUACGGUGAAGUCAACAACUCCCCAUAUGUUCUGCAAGACUCUCACAGCUUCAGACACCAGCACUCAUGGUGGAUUCUCAGUUCCCCGUCGGGCAGCUGAAGAUUGCUUUCCUCCCCUGGAUUACAGUCAACAGAGACCUUCACAAGAACUUGUGGCAAAGGAUCUUCAUGGCCUGGAAUGGAGGUUUCGUCAUAUAUAUAGGGGCCAACCACGGAGGCAUUUGCUCACAACUGGGUGGAGUGCAUUUGUGAACAAAAAGAAGCUUGUUUCUGGAGAUGCUGUAUUGUUUCUUAGGGGCAAUGAUGGAGAACUGAGAUUAGGGAUUCGCAGGGCAGCUCAGUUGAAAUGGGCUGGUUCCUUUGCAGUUCCCUCAGGUCAGCAAUUGAAUCCUGCAACUCUCAUGGAUGUUGUUAAUGCAUUAUCUACAAGAUGUGCAUUUAGUGUUUGCUAUAAUCCAAGGUUCAGCUCUUCGGAAUUCAUCAUACCUGUUCACAAAUUCUUAGAGAGCCUUGACUGUUCUUAUUCAGUUGGAAUGAGGUUCAGGAUGCGUUUUGAAACUGAAGAUGCGGCAGAUCGAAGAUUCACUGGAUUAAUUGCUGGAAUUAGUGAUGUUGAUCCUGUUAGAUGGCUCGGAUCAAAAUGGAGAUGCCUACUGGUAAGGUGGGAUGACAUAGAAGCUGCUAGGCACAAUAGGGUUUCCCCAUGGGAAAUUGAGCCAUCUGGUUCUGCUUCAAAUUCCAGUAACUUGAUGGCAGCUGGUUUGAAGAGGAACAGGAUUGAAAUGACUUCAGCAAAACUGGAAUUUCCCAAUCCCAAUGGGAUUCAAACAUCAGACUUUGGGGAAUCGUUAAGGUUCCGGAAGGUCUUGCAAGGUCAAGAAAUUUUGGGUGUUAAUACUCCCCCCUUUGAUGGUAUUAAUGCUCAGAGUCCCUGGUUAUACGAGUUAGGGAGGUGCUAUCCUGGUUCAAACUGUUCUGGGAUUCCUCCAACAGGAAAUAACAUCAGAGUGCCGCAUCCGGCAUCUGAUUUUUCCUGCAAUGGCAUAGGCUUUAGUGAAUCUUUCCGGUUCCAGAAGGUCUUGCAAGGUCAAGAAAUUCUUCCAAGCCAACCAUAUGGAAGAGCCUUAUCUAUUGAGGAGGCUCGAGCAAAUGGUCGCUAUGGAUUUUAUGAUGGCUGUCAGUUACUUAACUCCAGAAAUGGAUGGUCUGCACAGAUGCAUGACAAUGCUUCACAUUUGCAUGCAUCUGUUACACCUGCGCAAGUGUCAUCUCCAUCAUCUGUGUUAAUGUUCCAGCAAGCAGUUAAUCCAGUUUCAAACUGUGAUUAUAGCAUUAACAAAUGUAAUAAGGAAAUGGAGGGUAGAAUCCAUUAUCAAGGCUUAUACACAUCUGAAAUGAAAGGUAGAACAUUGGCAUCUUCCCCAUCUGACGAUCUUAUUGUAUCUAGGCGAGCUCCAGAGGGUGCUAGUUCUAUAGGUAUGUUUGAUGUUCAUAAUCAGUUGGGUAGUUCACAGUUACAUGAAUCAGUGUCAGCAUUGAGAAGCAGUCAAAAGUUGGUUUCCUCAUGUAAAAGUAGUUGCAGACUCUUUGGUUUUUCAUUGACUGAGGACACACAUGUUGCAAAUGAAGAGGUAUCAGCCUCUACCAUCACUUUACCAUUGAGUUCUGGACCUUCGUUUACUAGACUUGUUGAAGAUGAGUUCCAUCCUGGCCAUUCGCAUCCGAGUAAGGCGGUUGGAAGUAACUGCACCAAGAGUGUAUUGCAGUAUUGAGCUUAGAAUCAUGAUGUGUGCUGGCUAUAUGACACACUGGAAUGAGAUAAGCUGAAGAACGGGUCCAUAGUUUGCUCUGGUUACGUGCUUUGCUAUAAUAUCUUUGGAUUUAAGUAAGGAGGAAAAUUGUUAUUAUUUGUGCCAUAUUUGUUGGCUGACCAAGUUGAAGUGCUUGUGUAUUAACGGUUUGCUCAUGGGCAAUAUGACCUGUAAAAGAUGCAUACUCGAAGUAAAAACUAUUGCUGUAAUCUUAGGCAUAUUUAUCCUCCAUUUGGCACUUCUAAAGUUGAAUGUAUUUGUUAGACGCAAGAAGUUAAAAUUUCAAUGGAAAGGCCAUCGACCCAUCUUGAGGAUCUCGAAACACUAUAGCCUAUAGGGUGAACGUUCUUCAACUGAACUUCUCAGUGAUUUCUUGACACUGAAGUGGUUAGUAUUCAAUUGACACUGAUUAGUUCGUUUUUUUCUCUUAAAAACUAUUCCUCCCAAGUCCUAAUAUAAUACAUUGACUGGGCUUUAAGUUUGAUUGUAUAAAUGAGUGAAACUCCAGUAAUAUAUAGGAAAAAUGUUAAUUUUA